AUGCAUACACACACACACCUGUGCACGGUCGGCCAUCGCGGCGAAAACAUCGAAGGACCGCCUCCGACGCACGCACACACGCACACGCCGCACCGUCGCGCGCUGCGUUCGCAACAACUACCGUUGUCCAACGCUAAAUACUUUCGGAAUAGAUCACUCUGCAACGAUAAGUGCGGCUCACUGCAGCAACGCCUCCGAGGCACGCACACAUACACGCCGCACCGCCGCGCGCUGGGCUGCCGUGGCGGCGCGCCGCCGGGGCAGCGCAGAAGUCCGCCAGCCGCCGUCGCCGCCGCAUCUAGCUCGAGCACCGCUCCAGAGCAAAGUCGCGCCGCCCACAGCCGCCCUCAGCCGCCCACGGCCGCCGCACCGCCGCGUAGCCCGCACCGCCGCGUAGCCCGCACCCAGCUUCGAACCCGAGCAGCCACCAUGGCGAACGGAGGCCGAUUCAUGUUUCUCGCAAUGCUCUCCAGCAGCUUUUCUUUCGUGAUGUCGAUGAUAAACAUAUUUUUAUGCGCAUUGGCACUGUCAAAUCGCAUGGACUGCGACGCGGGCAGUCUGCGCCAUAGUAGAGGCUCUGAAUAUAUGAAAAAGAUCCUGUACAGACAUUACAUAAUAGAUGAGAGCUGUCAUUACAUCAAAAAGAUAAACGGCGUAACCUCGGCCAGCACGAUGGCAAUGCUGCUAUCCGUGCUAAUGGGCUUGUUAGCAUUGCACGUGUUGACAUCAAUGGUCAUGCUGUUAGCUGGCGUAAUAAAGAACGAUUAUUUCCGCAUCGUGGCCUCGUACAUGUACGGGUUUGUCUCUUACGUACUAAUGGGCAUGGAGACCACGAUCUUUUUUCACAUAGGGAGGGACAUCAUAUUUUUGACCAUUAUGCUGGACAAGAACCAGGCAGGACUGGUCGAGAAUUACGAGAUUGACGCACUGCGCUUUGGCGGUGUAUGUGCAAUCCUUAUAGUAUAUAAGGGCUUAACGGCACCUGUCAUGAAUCUGACGAUGAUACCUUCGAUGCUGAUUUAUCUGCACCGCAGCAUUGAGAAAACGGGGACGCCCCAGGUGACACGCGAACACUCAAUCCACAGUCUGGGAAUUAUUAACGCCUAUGAUCAGCCAAAGGACGGAGGCCUGGGGAAUUUCCAACAGGACGGGACGCCCACUGUCAGUUCCGGGAUCGCCCGAUUCCGAUGCGAGAGUUGCUGCGCCGAAUGUCAUGUGGUUCCGGUGCAACACCAGGCAGUUCCGGCGCCGUCACACGCUUCCCGUAUCCCGCCGCCGAUGCCUCUCCCCGCGGCCACCAACGUGCCGAAGUCGAUUUUGAAGUGCACGUUUAAAUCGCUC